AUGAGCCGGGACCCAAGAAAGGUGGCUCGGGCAAGUGUGACUGCCAAGACGUUUGCCAUGAUUUUCAACAGUUUUGUCGACGAAUUUAGUUACAAGAGCAUGAUCUUCACAGCCAUCAUCAUCUUCGGCGGCUUCAACCUCUCCAACUGGGCCUUUGGCUGGCUACGCUCCUCGUCUUCCUCUGCGGCCCCCAAACAUCCCCUCGACUACGAAUACGACUACCCACCCCAAACCCCGCAUCGCGCCCCCUCGCACACCUACACCCCGUACCAACAACAACAACAACAACAACAGCAGCAGCAACAACGUCUCCAUCACGACGCCCAGUUCCAACGCGAAUUGCAGAAUGCAGAGAAUUGGGGUGGGAAUUGGAGUGCGUUGCCGCGAUAUGCGGAGGAUGGGCAAGGCCAGGGCCAGGGACUGGGUGUCGUCGGCAGGGCGGGCGGAGAGUAUAGUCGUGAUGCUCCGGUCAUGGCGCGGCUGAUUGAACAGGGUCAGGGUCGGGCUCAGGCUCCUCCGCCUUUGGUGCACAGUGUCAGUGCGCCCGGGGUGGCGAUGACCUCUUCGGGCGUUGGGGUCGAGGAAAGUGUGGGUGCGCGGGCGAGUAAAUCGGCGAGAAAGAGGGGGUUGUUUCGAUGA